CAGAAAACUACAAAUUCUACUUUCGAAUUUAAUAUGUACUAGUAUAUACUAUUAUAAAGUAAAAUAAAACCGGCCGGUGUUUCAUUUUCAUUUUUCAUUUUUCCGAUCCUUCGCUAUGAUUCCAAAAUUCUCACUUUAAUUCUUCCCCAAUUUGUUGCUAUUAUUUUCUAUUUUCCGAUUCGACCUCAGGUGAUCACGAAUCCUAGGGUUUCAGAAAUCAGCCGCAGUUCGUUCCCAGCGCUCUCAACCUAAGCAAUGAAGACAGGGUCUUCUUUAAAUCCUUAUGCAGCAUCCUAUGUGCCACUCUUUAAAAGAGGUGUUGUUGAUGCAAACAAAGAGUUUGGUUCAGCUCAAGAAUUUAACAGUGGGAAUGAGGUUGGUCAAUUUGGCUAUCGGCCUGUAAGUACGUUCCCACAAGGUCAGCACCAAAAUGUUUCUCAAAGUCAUCCCCAAAAUGCUGGUGCUCCCCAAACUGCUGAAUAUCCCAAAUGGAAAGAUCAUCGCAGCAGUGAAUUUGUUGCUUCAACGUCACAAUACCCAGAAAAACCAAGCAGCUUUGAUGAAGACUCUGACAUGGACUUGGCUUACCUGCAAAUGAUCUUUCCUGGAAUAUCAGAGGAGUCUCUUUCUGAUGUCUAUCAAGCCAACAGAUGUGAUUUGGAUUCUGCAGUCGACAUGCUAAACCAACUUGAGAUCCAGCCUGAUGAUUCAUCAGAUAAGCUUCCCGAUACACUGGACAUUGGCGAUGUGCCCGAUUCUGUGCCUGUGCUGGUCAAAGCACCACAGGAAGCAAAGAAUGCAACCAGUGGAGCUUCAACAUCUGCUUCGUCCAACGACAUGCCUGCUAAGAGCUAAUCUGCAUACGAAUUUGAAAUUUAGCAGUUUUAUGGGUAUUUUUGUUUUCUGGAAUGUGGCUAUGAAUUUCUGAAUCGAGAAAAUCCAUUUUCUUCUUUCUGUUGUACAAAUUGAUUGCGUUGUUUCUGUUUUGAUCUGGGAACGCAAAUUGUAUCAUAGCAUUGAUUGUUCAAACAGAUUUUGUUUCUUUAAAUCACAGCAUGAUGAUGAAGGCUUGAAUCCA